CUGUUACGUGCGCAUGCGUCUUACCAUUUUUACGAAAACAUGGCGGAGAAGUCGGCUGCGAAGGGUAUUCUGAAAAAUGCAAGGCAUUUUGAUCAGCCAGGUGUUAAAAGCGAAGAUGGUGUGAAAUGGGAUGAGAUGAACAUAAUAGCUACGCAUCAUCCAGAAGGCAAAGAUUACGGUCACAUGAAAAUAGAUGAACCAAGUACACCUUAUAGUCAUUAUAGCGAUCCUGACGAUGAGAAUGCUGAUCCACACAGUGACCAUGAACAUGAAGGCUUAGAUGAGGCAGCACUUGAAGAAAGGUUAAAAUCUGAAGAGGAAAAGAAGAAAUGGUGGGAAAAAGAACCUGGGGAAGAAGAAAGUAGUGAAGAGGAAGAGGUUGAUCUCACAGAGGAUGAACAAAAACAAAAGGACCUUUUUGAGCUAAAAAGGAAACAUCACUAUAAUGAAUUUUUCAACAUAAAGCUUGCAAAAAAACUUAUGGAGGAGGAAAAUGAUGAGGAUGAAGAGGAGAGUACGGGAAACAAUGAUGAGAAGCCCGAGUGCAGUAAAACGGCAUCACAGAAUUAUGAUGAUGACGACGAAAUCCAACUAUGAACAGUUUCAAUGCUUUGUGAAUUCAAGCAAUAAAUACUACUGUGGUGGGCCCAGAGACUGGGAGAACAAAUUGUAUUUAUUUUAUUUUAUUUUAUUUUAUUUU